UCAACCCCAGUAACAGAGGCCGUGAGCACUGGGCCUCUCACCUUCACAGAGAAGCUGCACGUCAUCAAAGGCUUGUUGAAGUUUGUGUUUCCGUUGGGACUGGUCUACUUUGCUGAGUACUUCAUCAACCAGGGCUUGAUGGAACUCCUGUAUUUCCCAAACUUUUUCCUGUCCCAUGCAGAACAGUAUCGCUGGUACCAGACAUUGUACCAGGUUGGUGUGAUGGUGUCUCGAUCCUCCCUGUGCUGUGUGAAGAUCAGAAAAAUGUGGGCUCUGUCUUUGCUACAGGUGGUGAACGCGGUGGUGCUUCUAUUUGCCGUACGUUACCAAUUCUUGCCCAGUGCCUGGCUGGUGUUUGUCAUUGUCCUCUAUGAGGGUCUGCUGGGUGGAGCUGCGUAUGUCAACACCUUCUACUUCAUCAGCAAAGAGAGUGAAGACAGACACAGGGAGUUUGCCAUGGCUGCUGCCAGCGUAGGAGACAGUCUGGGUAUAGCUCUGGCUGGACUUGCUGCUUUCCCUGUCCACAGAUUCUUCUGUUCCCUGUGACCCAGCCCACACACUUACAAACAGGAUGAAUAAGCAAGAUGUAGGUGGGUUCCAGUUAAGGGAUUUGUUUUUUUAUCUGAAAUGGAAGAAAAACUGCAUAAUUCUGGUUCCACAAACUGGUUUUCAGAGAGUUGAGAUGCAGUCUGGGUUCCAGGGUCUGGCGGCGGUGGCGGUGGUGGUGGUUAGGGAAUUUUUAAGGUUUACAUUUUUUUUCCCAGUGGUGUGACUCUCUAUUUAAUUCUGAUUCAGAGGGCUUGGACGCAAUUAUAAAACGAUUCUUGGUCUUAGUGUGUUUUAGGUUAUUAAAAAACAAGGUAAUUGAUUUUUUUUUUAAUACAGAACUAACUACAGCAGAAGUCACUACUAAUGUUUCAUCUGUCAGUGGAAACAAAUCGGUCCGUAAGUGGAAAAAAAUAAUACUUCUGAGUGAAGUUUAAAAAUGAUGAAUAAGACCGACAUGAGUCAGCAUCCAUCCUCCCUCUGCAGCUACUGUGAUUCACUGUCUGUAGGUAUCACUGGUACAGAGAGGUGGUUUGUCUCAGAGUGUAACUGAGUUUAUAAGAAUUUGCCUCAUUUAGAUUUGUGGCAAACUAAGAUAAACAGGCUGCAUAGACUUUAUUUAAAGAAGGCCAACACAUCUCCUCUUCCUUCCACUACCCAGAAAUUAAGUCAAAUAUCCCAGAUAUGAGCGCUGCCAUCUUGCACAUCUGUGCUGUAGCAAUCAGGGGAUGGAGCCACGGUAUCCAGUCUCAGCUAUCAACCAUGAUGUUUCACCCUGUUUUUAUAGCAUCAAAUUACUUUAUUAAAACCAAAACUCACCAGGGAGGUGAAGACUUUAACAGAAUUUAGUGUGAUGUUAACUACCUUAAAUGAUAGAAACCAUCUUUGAGGAAAAUGCUUUUAAUCUGCACUUUGUCUUUUUUAGUCUGGUCCAUGUCCCAUCCACUAACAUUGAGGAGGCAAGGUUUAUGAACUAUAAUGCAGCCAAACACUAGGGGGCAAUCAAGACACUUUGGUCUCACUCUCAGCGCUGGCAUUCCGUCCAUCUUUAUGUACAGACUAUUGUACACAAAGACAGUUUAGCUUGGGCAUCACAUUUUGCUGUUGGUUUAACAUGUGCACCGUGUUUGUGGAAAACAACAACUGCAGACAAAGCAGAUGGACAUGUCCUUUUUAUGUCUUUUCUUUUUACUGAGUUGACAUAACCUUGAGAGAGGACUUAGCUUAAUUUCACCACAGCCUGAAGCAAGGUUAGGUUAGGUCAUCCUUUGAGUAGCAGUGAUCAGAGCAUGUGACUCGUGUGAUUUGCUUACUUAGCUCAUUGUGUUGGAGUUUAGCCUGUUCGCACAGGCAGCCAGUGUCCUGCAGAGAAAUAGCCCACUGCUUAUGCUGACGUGAAAGUGCUGAGAAUGUUGACGGCUUGUUUUGCACAAACUUCAGUGACAAAUAGCUGCUUCACAAGAAAAGAAAUACAGCUUGAACACCACACUUCUCUAAGAAACAAAAUAUGACAUAAUCGGAGUAUUUUUAGUAUAUUUUAUUUAAUAGUGUUUCCUGAUGAAAAUGCUCUUGAAUCACAGCCUUAGGGUUUAAAGUGCUACCAUUCUCUGACAGCAAAAAUAAAAUGUUUAGUUUAGGAAGAACUGACCCGAGUGUGGAGGUGGUACGAUGUUUUUUUUCUAUCUUGAAGUAUUCAAAUAAAAAGUGUGGUAACCUUUCACUAUCUAAGCUGUCAUUAUACGAAAUAAAAGCAAAACUGUUAUCUUCAACAUGUUAGGUGACAAAACCUGUGUGUUGAUAAUUAGUCAUUUUGUUUAAUUUAUAUCUAAUACUGAUGGUGUGAGAGGUUUCAUUUUUAUGAUACACUUUUAUUACAUCUUGACUCUUUGUCCUCAAUUCUGGCACACAAUCCAAGAACUCAACCAUGUGACAGGAUCAUUUUUUGGUUGAUAACAGUAACAGAAUUACUGAAAUUACUUAAAACUGCUUCAUUCAACAACAAAACAACUAAAAUCCAUUCAGAAGUUAAAGCAGCACAGCAGGUGAAAGUGUUUAUUUAUGACCUUUGUAUUCUUAGAAAAAGGCUGAAUCAGGCUGUUGCAUAAGUAACUGACCUUUGUUUUACCUUUAAGUCACUAAUACUAUUUCCCUGUCAUGACUAAAUUGACCAGUAAUGCCUUUUACUGUUUCUCCUAAGCUUUUAUCAACAUGUGGCUUGACCUAUUGUGUUUUAUUUGCACUGUAACAAUCUGUAAUACUGGACAAUGCACAGAGAUUUAAAAAGAUGUCUGUCAUGACUGUCAACAUCACCAGGACACUUUUGUAGUGCACUUGUUUUUACUUGAGUGCUUCUUUUUUACACCAAAAAUCUAAAUUUUUCCUGCUUUCUCAAAGUAAUAUGAGUUUAAAAUGACAUAAUGAUUUAAGAGUCUGCCCAGAUGUUUUUCAUAUUCUGAAAUACUGUGUUUUAUUCCAUAAGUGCACAUUCCUUCUGAAAUCUUUCACUACCAACAAUUUAUAUGAUACUGCUGCUGCUGAUGAAUUGUUUUUUACAGUGUGAUGAUAUGUUACAAACCAAUGUUGACAUAAUUAAAUUAUGUUGAAGUUU